AUGAUCGACCCCGCACCAGUUCAGACAGCCGAAAGGUCGGAUGCCCAGACAGCUUUCAUGAACCCAAGGUGGUCAACCACCAAGAAAGUCCACUGGGCUUCAGAAGUGGUAGACAACGAGUACAAGCACAGAAAAUUACCCCACUCGCCCACCACCAAGCAAAAACCUCAAUCAACAUACGCCAUGCCUUCAUCAAAGGUUCGCUUGGACUCCAAUUUGGGCUCGUCGUCCUCAAGAGGCAAUGCUCCAUUUCGACAUGACGACAAGAUGAAACGCAAGCAAGUCGCAAAUAUCUCGAAACCAAUCAAUCAAACACGAUCCCGAUCACCCUCAGUGAAGCAUUCAUCAAAACGGUCUCAAAGCUCACUGCCGGCCCCUCAAAAAGGUAAUCACCUGACUUCAGAUGGCCCAUUUUCCAAGUCCAAGUCCAGGCAAUCCAAGGGCGCAGACAGCAAGCGAGGAUAUUCGGAACAUUCAACGGCCAACAUAGCAGCCAAACGGGAUGGCGGCAGGUCACAAUCGGUCCAGGUUCCAAAGAUCCUCCCUGCUGUUCCUGAGCCACCGCCGUAUCAGCGGCCACCCCCAGCUCCCAGACCGGGUCGGUUGCCCACACCUGACUUGGAUGAUAUCAAUGAUCGUGAAUUUUGCUGUUGCAAUCAUCCAUCCUGCCAAGGGCACCGCGGUGAGAGUGAUGAAUUCGGUGGCCCUUUGUCCAAAAUGGAGGCUCAGAGUAUGACCAUUUUUCCUAGUCGUUCCGUUGCAAGUUGCUAACCUGGACCCAGUGCUCGCUGCUCAAGCGUACAUCCGAGAUAGGAGAAACUAA